UCACCGAACUAGUAUAUCUCUCUUAAAUUUCCAGUGGGCCGCAGCCUCUUCUCUGUUCGCUCCGCUCUGUUCUUCCUGUUCCACGCAUGGCUACAUGAGACUCGAGAACCCUUCCUCCUCUUCUUCUUCUCCGAACGAUGGCAAAACCAAUAGACUUACCGCUGCUUCUUCACUUGGCGUGCGUCAUCGCCGGACUUCAAGCCGGUGCGGCGGCCACUGUUAACCAAGAUAUUGCUGCACUUCGUGCUCUUAUGGGUUACAUCGAGAACAUGCCGUCGGGCUGGGGGAGGUCGAAUGAUCCCUGCGGAUCGCAGCCAUGGGAGGGAGUCACCUGCAGUGGCUCGCGGGUGACGGAACUGAAAUUGUACAACAUGGGGCUUAGAGGAAAGUUGAGCAGCGACAUCGCAACUUUAACUGCGCUGAAAACUCUGGAUCUUUCCUACAAUAGUGGUCUAGGCGGCCAGCUUACACCAGCUGUUGGGGAAUUGCAACAGCUUGAAUCCUUAAUGCUGGUAAGUUGCAGCUUCAGUGGCGCCAUUCCCAGUGAAUUAGGAAACCUAACUCAGCUCACAUUUUUGGCUCUGAAUUCAAACCAGUUCAUUGGUACCAUACCUGCUUCUCUAGGAAGCCUCUCAAAGCUCUCUUGGCUGGACCUGGCAGACAACCAACUGACUGGGACCUUGCCAGUCUCUAAUGGCUCAAUUCCAGGACUAGAUCAGCUUGUAAAUACGAAGCACUUCCAUUUAAACAAGAAUAGGCUUUCAGGUCUCAUCCCAGAAAAACUUUUUAACUCCAAUAUGCACCUGAUUCAUUUACUUCUAGAUAGAAAUAAAUUAGAUGGAACUAUUCCAGCUUCCAUUGGAACAGUGCAAACGCUUGAGAUUAUACGUCUUGACAAUAAUCUUCUGGGAGGCUCAGCUCCUUCCAACAUCAACAAUCUUACCAGUCUCCAUGUCCUAAAUCUAGCAAAUAAUGGUUUAAUUGGACCUAUGCCAAAUCUAACUGGGUUGAACCGCCUCAAUGUUGUGGAUCUUAGCAACAACUCCUUUGAUCCUUCUGAAGCUCCAGCAUGGAUUUCAGAAAAUGAAAACAUAACUACUUUGGCUAUUGAAUCUGGAAGACUUCAUGGACAAGUUCCACAAAAGCUCUUCACUUUUCCUCGAUUGCAGCAAGUGAUACUUAAGAACAACUCUUUCAACGGCACUCUUGACAUGGGAAGCAACAUUAGUGAAGAACUAAAGAUUGUGAAUUUCGAAAACAAUGAUCUUACAUCGGUAGCACUUAGCUUGAGCUAUAACAAUUCAAUUUUGCUCAGUGGAAAUCCUGUGUGCAGCAAUGCUCUCUUAUCAGGGUCAAGUUAUUGUUUGCUUUCACAAGAACUCUCACCAACCUACUCAACUGGUCUUUCCAAAUGUGGCGGAAAAUCAUGCCCUACAAAUAAUACAUGUACACAUCCAUAUGAGGGAAUUAUGUUCUUUAGAGCCCCAUAUUUUCGAGAUCUUAGUAAUGAGACUGCAUUCCAGUUAUUGGAGAAGAGUAUUUGGGAGCGGUAUGGUCCAACUUUGGGAUCAGUUUCUCUUCAAAAUCCAUUUUUUAACAAUGAUUCAUAUUUGGAAGUGCAUCUAGUACUCUGUCCCUUGAAUGGAACCUAUUUCAGCGUAAAGGAUGUUCUUGAAAAACUUGAUCUGAGUGGUAACGUGUAUGCAGCUCCUGCAGUAUAUGGACCGUUCUACUUUGGAGCGUUUCCAUACUCUUUUCCAGUUUCAUCACAUUUAAAUGUUGGUUUGAUAGUGGGAUUGACUGUUGGUUGUGCACUCCUUGUUCUUGGGCUUGCUAGUGCUGCUUUCUAUGCUUUUCAGCAAAAGAAACGGGCAAAAAAAGCCAUUGAAAUGAGCAACCCUUUUGCAACAUGGGAUGCAAGUUUCGAAAAUAGCGGUGAAGCACCUCAAUUGAAGGGGGCCAGAUUUUUUUCAUUUGAAGAACUCAAGAAGUGCACAAACAAUUUCCCAGAAAUAAAUGCCAUUGGAUCAGGAGGGUAUGGGAAGGUCUAUAGAGGAAUACUUCUCGAUGGGAGGAUGGUCGCUAUCAAGAGAUCGAAGGUCGGAUCGAGUCAAGGUGGUCUCGAGUUCAAAACCGAGAUUGAGCUUCUUUCUAGGGUUCACCACAAAAACCUUGUAGAUCUUGUAGGCUUUUGCUUUCAACAGGGAGAGAGAAUGCUGGUGUAUGAGUAUGUUCCCAAUGGAACACUCAGAGAGAGUUUGGAUGGAAGAAGAGGCAUCCAACUGAAUUGGAUGAGAAGGCUUCAGAUUGCUCUGGAUUCAGCAAGAGGACUGGCUUAUCUCCAUGAACUUGCAAAUCCUCCCAUAAUUCACAGGGACAUCAAAUCAGCCAAUAUUCUGCUUGAUGAAAAUUUAAUUGCCAAAGUUGCAGAUUUUGGUCUCUCAAAGUUAAUGACUGACGGAGAAGUUGGCCAUAUCUCCACCCAAGUGAAGGGAACACUAGGCUACCUUGAUCCUGAGUAUUACAUGACCCAAAUACUUACAGAAAAGAGUGAUGUUUAUAGUUUUGGAGUGGUAAUGCUGGAACUGAUUACUGGAGAUCCACCCAUACAUAAUGGAAAGUAUAUAGUUUCAGUUGUGAAGUCUGCACUGAACAAAAACGAUGUUUAUUAUGGUCUGAAAGAAAUAAUGGAUCCUCUCAUUAGAGAAACCACGCAUCUUGUAGGCUUCAGAAGAUUUGUUGAGCUGGCAUUGCUGUGUUUAGAGGAAUCGGCAGCCGAUCGUCCGACGAUGAGUGAUGUCGUGAAGGAGAUUGAGGUUAUGCUGAAAAAGGAAGGAUUGAGUGCGGAUACGACCGUAAAAUCGACAAAUGCUAUAGAUCUUUAUCCUUUCGAUAUCUAUGAUCAAAUAAUGACUCAGAAGGAAGUAAGUGGUAGUUCUUUUGCUUACAGUGGUAGUUCUUUAUCAACAAAGUUGGAACCAAAAUAAUACUCUUACUUUCCAUAACCAUAUUAAAUUGUUUUGUUCAUAAUGCUUAUUGUCAUCCUGACUGUAUCAUACGAGUGAAAAUUCUUUUUCUUCGUCUAAUUCUUUAGAAUUAGCUAUAACAGAGAAA